AAAAAAAAUGCCCUCCACGGUCCACACCAAUUUGAGCUAUUUUUAACAGUCCAUUGUAUCCAAAUCCAAUGGUCCUUGCUGGGAAUUUGCAGCAACUCAUAUUUUAUUUUGCCCCUUCCGAUAGAAGAUAGAUUGUGCUUCAAGGUUUUGGCGACUCAAUUGCUCUAUAGAUCCUUGUCUCGUCAAAUCGUAUUUCAUACUCCAAGAAAUAAGCAGCUUCGAAGAGAUAUAGGGCGAGAAACACCAGCCUUGAGUUCCAUCUCAAGUGAUACUCAGCCCUAAGAUCUGAAAUUUGUCACUCGAGAGCGACUGAUUGGAGGGAGCAAUGAUGGGGGUUGUGAGCAAGUUCUUUAUAGCAUCUGUGCUUAUGUGGGCGGCUCCUAUUGCCAUUAUUUAUGGAUUCAACCAUAAUUUGUUCCCUGGUUCGAGUAAAUUGUCUCCCGAGUCCAUGACCUUGUGGAGUGGGCUUCUGGCAGUCGUGUCAGUCAAUGUGGUUAUAGUGCUUUACAUUUACUCGGCAAUGAAAGAGCCCUCAGAUAAACACGAGCCAGAUGCUAAAUUCCUGGCAGAUGCAAAGGCCAGCAUAAAGCAGCCUGCAGCAACUGAAGCUGAGUCAUCUUCAGACCGUGCAAAACAAGAAUAGCCAGGGGCUAAAGUUGAUUUUUUCGGUUGAUGUUA